CCCGGAAGUGAAUUAUCCAAAACAAACAUGGCUGACGGAGACGAAUUAGACGAUGGGGUUGAAGGAGAAAUGAAAAAUAGCAGCUCAUUGCAACAUAUGCUGGCAGUUAUAGCUGAGGAAAGAAAACGAGAAACAAGUACUUUUUCAAUAUCAGGAGACUUUGAAGUUAUCCCCAGUGAUAGUGUGACGUUUUGGACCAGUUUGUUUGAUCGUUACUUUUUGUCUGGUGAAAGCUCAGAUGGUACGCGAGAUGACAUGCUUUUUUAUGUUCGCAAGGAAAAGCAAGAAAACAGACAUUUUGCCAAGUCUGAAAUAGAGGUGUAUAGAAAACAUUCCAAGAAACAGCCAGUAUUUGGUGAUAAAACAAUCAACUGGGAGGAGACUGUAUACUUGAACAUCAUUCUUCAUCAGUUUGUAUACACAAUGACGUGUGCUGUAUGUACAAGAACAGCGAAAAAACAAAUACAGAUAUUGAAAAAAUACUCACAGAAGGUGUAUGCAUCACCGAGCCGUAGAAGAAUGGACAGUAAGGGGACUUCAGAGGAGAUAUGUUACCCAAGCAUCUUCUUCACUGUCGACAACUUUGAGGAGGCAUUCACCGAUAUAAUAGUACGAGACAGCGAACUAGUCACAGUAGAAUUAGUAGCUUCUGACCGAACAGGCAGCUUUCAAGGAGUGAUCUUCCUUGGCUCUAUACGAUAUGAUCAUCUUAAAAAAGUCUAUGAUGCCAGGGCCAGCGUAACAACCAAGAUGGUUCAGCGUAUGUCCCUGGGCUGGAUAAGCAAAACCCACAAGAGGGUAGAGUUUGUCCGCAUGCGGGGUCCAGGGGCGAAGGGGUUUGCAGAGAUUGCUGUGUCCAGGGUGAAGGGGUCAGGGCCAGAAACCCCAGAUCUGGAAAACUUUCCAAGUGAUGACUUUGAAUCAAAUCAACAACAGCAGAAUGAAUACACCCAGCGUAGAAUGAGCGACCCAAACCAGGCAAUAGCCUCAUUCAGGCAGCGGGCCGUGAAAAAGUCACGGUCCGAGACAGAGGAUGUGGAUACAAUAGGCAGUGAACAGGAAGUGGAGGCAGGAACACUGCAUGAUGAGCUGGAAGAUGCAGAGCAGUACAAUGGUUUUUGGGGGAAGUCAUUUGGUCAGGCGUGGCAUUGGUUCAAGGACAGACGGCGAGCGAACAGCGUGUCCCUGAACGCCUACCUCACCUAUGUCACCCUCCCAUGGCACAGGAUUAUUGCAGAUGUAUUAGAUGCCAAAGACCAGCCUGUGUUGUUGUUCUAGAGCCAGCCUUGCCACACCAUCCAUAUCACACCAUCACAUUGAAGGCAGCAUAACAAAUAGAGCACCAAGUAUAGAGGUUGUUGGAAAGGAGAACCAAGGAUAUUAAUAUACUGGUAUUAUUUACUUUGAUGCUGUGCAUUUUUUUCAGGACGUGAAAACCAGAAUGUCCAGCAUGAAUAUUUGUAACAAUUGUUGCCAAAUAUUUAUUUUUUUAAAUCUAUCAAGAAAUUUACUUAUGUUCUGUAUAUGUAUGAUUUUUGGUGCUUGAUUUAAAGAGUGUUGAAAAGCACAGUGACCUUUUUCUCUUAUUAACAGAGUUCUAUCAUGGUCGUAAUGUGAGGAUCUUUGCUCAUCAACCUAACAUGUAAUGGCUAUUCCAUUCAAACAUACAAUCAACUCUUUGAAAACAAAUAACAAUAACAUUUUGUAGACUUCGAUAAGUUCCUGUUUGUGUUUUUGCUACAACACAUUUAAAACUUCUUAAGUUGGACAGUCCAAUUUUAAAGCCCUUUCCUGGGGUUGGUUGUAUGAAAAAAUGGAAAUUAGGAUUUGUAUUAUUUGCAAUUAUUUUGUGCAAUAUUUGUAACUGUGGGAAGUAAACUAUACAUACUUGCCAUUAUUCAUUUUGUGGUCUAGUUUAGAGGUAAAUUAAUUAAAGAGACAUUUUAAGUAUAUUUUAAAUUUAUGAAUAAAACCUAUGAUUUCUAAGAGUUUUAAUCUAACAAAACCUUAAGGCCUACUGUUAUAGCCUAUUUUCCUUAAACAGGAAUGAGAAUGCCCUGGAAACAUUUUUCUUUAAAUCAAUUUUCUAAAGUCUUUGUUUUGGUCAUACAAAUCACCAUACAUAUAGACGGGACCAUUUUAGAGGAUGUUUUCUGUGGUUUCUUCACAAUAACCGUGUAAACAAUACCAUCUUUCUGUCCAUUUAACAAUAAAACCCAUUGAAAUUAGAUUUAACAUGCCAAAGAUAUUACACAUGUUGUUAUCAGUGACUGAUAUUUGUGACUUUUAUUCUGUUAUUCAUAUAUGUUUAAAAAUGGGUUAAACUUACAAUUUUAUUUUGCUAUGUUCUUUUAUUAUGUGUUUGAUUAUACAUGUACUAUAUACAUCUACUUUUUACAUGUAAAUCAAAACACUAUUUACAUAUAAUUGCUAUGUCAGGCCAUUAAAGUACAUGAACACCAGAAAGAUCAGUUAUUUUAUAAGUGUAUUAUUUCAUUUUUUUAUUCAUUCCAUUAUUUCACACAUUCCAAAGAUAAGAAUGUUGUAAGAUUUAUUGUUGGAUAUAUGAUUACCAAUAUAGGUUUGUUUCCUUAAAUAUUUUGAGAGGGUUUGUCUGUCAUCAGUUUAUUUUGUGUUCUUUUUUUUCUAUUAACAAAAGUUUAAGAUAGAGAUCAGAUUGUUUUGUAUCAUUUGUUUUAAUUUCCAGAAUUUAUCUUGUAUGUAAUCAGAUUUUUGACCAGAAAGCAAAUUGUCAGAAUGCAUAUAUACUGAAUUAUGAUGAUUGUAUGUAUUAUAUUAUAUCAUAUACUAUGAAGCUUAGCUCAUGUUGUGCUAGUCAGAUUUACCAGUAACCUUAAUUUAAUAUAUUCCCUAGUAUUGUAAGCAGACAGAUUUAUGUUAGUCAUUAUGUUUCUGUCAUUUGUUGUGUUAUUGAUAAGAUAAUAUGGUAAACAUAAAGUCGUCAGGCCAUUAUCAGGAUACUAGGGCUGUUAUUGCACUUUUGUGCACUGCACGUCAAUAUAUUAAGCCCUUAAUGAUUAGGAAAGAGAACAUGUUCGGUCAUACACGCUUAUCUGAGAGAAUGAUUUUUGUGAAGCAUUUUGCAAACAUUUAAGUAAUUUAUAAUGAUGUUUUUUUAACAUCUCAUCUUGCAAUAUUGUUAGACUGAAGUUAUUUAAGGAAUAAAUUGGUGAUUGAUAUCAUUAUCUGGGUAUGGCCGCAGUUGGGAUGGUUUUAGUGUGUGGACUUUAUGCAUACUUUAACAAGCCCAACUUCAUCCAUAUCCCCAAUAGGACAUCAACCACACAAUUCAUUACUUAUAUUUACACCAAUAGUUCAUUAUUUCUUACCAAAAUUGUUAAAAAAUACUUCAUUUCAUUUAAGAACACCUUACGAUAAAACUUUCCUACUCAUUCUGUUAAUAGAGUGAUCGGAGUGUAACUGGAAAUAGUUUAUCAGAUGAUGUCAUAAUAACACUGGGGAAAUUUUAAUCUCUUCAUAGUUAAAACGCUUUAUACAUUUAACAAAUCAUAAAUUAACACUUUUCAACAUGUUGAUUUAAGUUUUUCAUGGCCUGCUAAAACAAUUCAAACAAAUGACAAGAUAAUCAAUUUUCAUAUGGUAUUAAUACACAAUGAAUCGCGAUCCAAACAUAUCUGAAGAUGUUGUGUUCAUCGAAAAAUAUUUGCAAUUUCUGAAAGAAUGUUUAUUUAAGGAAUGGAAGUUGAGGUGUAUAUAUUGCAGAGAAGUUAUUUAAAGUCACUGUCCACAAUUAUGAUUGUAUGUCUUACUCAUGUGUGAUGUUAAAUGAAUAUCUAUUGUGAGGCAGUCUAGUGUCAUUUCAGUUCCAAAUUCCAAUACUAACAGAUUUUACAAUAGCACUUCUACUUAAAAACAUCAGUAGUUUCAGACUUAUGUGCAUAAUUUACAAUAUUUACACCACAGAGUACAGUACAAUGUAAUUUGUAUUGAUAAAUUAAAAGAUGAAUUAAAAUAUCAUUUAUAUGUACAUUGUCGUUGAUCACCAUUAUUUUCUUGCUUGUUUACUAUGAUUUUACAUUCUGAUUUACAAGGCAGUGUUCUAUUUCCAUGUGCUAUGAUUUAUUUAUCAAAUCCAAUUGUUACGUUACUGAAUUAUGUGCAAUAAAUAUAUAAAAUCUU